UGAGUUGGGGGAUUUUCAAACAAGAAAAUCAAAGUCCAGAUUGCAAGUAGGGUUCAAGAGCUCCAUGUCUUGACCCGAAACAAGAACUUCUAAAAGCCCUACAACGACCUUCACUGUUUUAGGCAGAUCUUUGGCUGCGUUUUCUUAGCAGAGAGAGAGAGAGAGAUCAAAGAGAGAAAGAAACUCAAGAAAAGAAAAAUGUCAAGACAAGCAAAAAGACUUGUAUCAUCUUUGUCUUCAAAGAUUUCAUCUUUCUCGUAUUCACAAUCUCGCUCUUUCACGGCGGCUCCUCCUCCACCACCAGCAGUGUUCGUUGACAAAAAUACAAGGGUUAUUUGUCAAGGAAUCACCGGAAAGAAUGGAACUUUUCACACCGAGCAAGCUAUUGAGUAUGGAACUAAAAUGGUUGGUGGAGUGACACCUAAGAAGGGUGGGACAGAACACUUGGGACUUCCUGUUUUCAAUUCAGUCUCAGAAGCAAAGGCUGAAACUAAGGCUAAUGCGUCAGUGAUUUAUGUUCCUCCACCUUUUGCUGCCGCGGCAAUUUUGGAGGCAGUUGAAGCUGAAUUGGAUCUUGUUGUGUGCAUUACUGAAGGAAUUCCUCAACAUGACAUGGUUCGUGUGAAGGCUGCUAUAAAGAAGCAAUCAAAAACCAGAUUAAUUGGUCCUAAUUGCCCUGGCAUUAUCAAACCUGGAGAAUGCAAGAUAGGAAUCAUGCCUGGAUACAUUCACAAACCAGGGCGUGUAGGAAUUGUUUCUCGAUCUGGCACACUGACUUAUGAGGCUGUUUUCCAAACAACUGCGGUUGGGCUAGGGCAAUCUACCUGUGUAGGUAUUGGUGGUGAUCCUUUUAAUGGGACAAAUUUUGUUGAUUGUGUGAAGAAGUUUCUUGCUGACCCUCAGACAGAAGGCAUCGUUCUUAUUGGUGAGAUAGGGGGGACUGCAGAAGAGGAUGCUGCUACUCUAAUCAAGGAAAGUGGAACUGAUAAGCCUGUUGUUGCAUUUAUCGCUGGAGUUACGGCUCCACCUGGACGUCGUAUGGGUCAUGCUGGAGCCAUUGUGUCUGGGGGAAAGGGCACUGCUCAAGACAAAAUCAAAACAUUAAGGGAUGCUGGGGUGAUAGUGGUUGAAUCUCCAGCGAAGAUUGGCACUGCCAUGCUUGAUGUGUUCAAAGAGAGAGGUCUCGUGAAUUAGUUUUAUUGGGAUACACAUCCAGCUUAAAAUACAUCAUUUUAUUUUAUACUUUUCUUUCAAACCUAAAUUCAAGAAAAAUAUCAAACCUAAAUAUUGUCAAUGGCCUGCUUGAUGGGGCAUGCUUCAGGAGAGGAAAGUUUGAAGUUGUGAAUUUUUCCAUGUUUAUUGACAACAUGCUUCUGCCAAAAUUGUUUUUGUGCAGCCGAUAGAAAAGACUUCGAUCACAAUUUGGUAUUGUUA